CCUAGGAAGAAAUAUUUGUGAUAGUGUCAAUAAUUGGCAUCGUAAUAAUAAGACAUCGACAAUAACAAUAGCUAAAAGCACAGCUGCCAGCCAAUCGGUUAGUCUUUACGAAAAUCCGAUUUCCUGCUAGUGCAUCUGCUAUUUACCGCUACUACAACAACUAAAGGCAGUGUCUUUUAUAUCUGCCCGAAUCUGUAGUUUUCUUCUGACAGUCGUCCACUACCACAGCCAUCAGCAGCGAUCAAUGAACACUUGUUUUAACCAGCCGACUGAACUUAUCAAACGUCAUAAACAGUUUAAGAUUCAGCCGUAGUGCGUUGUUUGCAAUGAAUAAUGAUCGAUGAAUCCAUCGACGAACCUCAUCCACGGACCAGCCUACUGCGGCUAGCCUCGACUCCCAACUUAUAAUUGUUGCUCUUUCAACUAUUUGGAACACUCAGUGACUAGCUGGUCCCACCUUAUGUAAUUGCUGCUGCCGCCGCACUUGUCGCUGUCCAGUAGAUGCUCCGCGUUGUAACGCUCAACGUCCAGUCCCCGUUUCGUGCCACCUAAAUUCCGGCUCCGUUGAAAUGCCCGCUUGCAAUGUGACCGUAAUGGCAGCCCCACAUAGUAACCAUCAUCAUCAUCAGGAGGGAGGACAACUGCCAAGCCAUCCGGGUCCUCACCAGGGCCACGGACAUCAGACAGUGGCAGUGGCUCAUCUACAUCCAGGCCACCAUCCCUCACAGGGUCAUCUGGAUGCCAGCGGUGCGGCACAUUUUAAAAGACAGGCGAGCAUUCAUCGGGUGCGAGAUAUUCAACCCCAAUCGCUGACGAUGGAGAACGACUACGACGUCGUGAAGGAAAUUGGCGCCGGAGACUAUGGGAAAGUUCUGCUUGCUAAACACAAAGUCACCAAAGAGGAGGUUGCAUUAAAAGCUGUCCCGCGGGCAACGACAGCGUUGCGAGACUUCCUCACUGAGUUUCACUAUUCGUACUUUCUGUCACCACAUCCAUCUGUACUGGACACAUAUGAUGUCUGUUUUGAAACAAUUGACUACUAUUUUUUCGCCCAGGAAGUGGCACCGUUGGGCGACUUGUGGCAUUGGAUCGAAGCUGCAGGAGGCCUGGACGAACAAGAUCUCAAGGACAUCUUACGACAGAUCGUACCUGCCCUUGAAUUUAUGCAUAGCAAGGACCUUGUGCACAGGGAUGUGCGCGCCGAGAACGUACUCGUUUUCAAGCACGAUUUCUCCAAGGUCAAAUUGACAGAUUUCGGUCUGACGCGUCGCGCUGGGACGCUGGUCAAGAAGCGCGCCCGUUCGUUACCCACUUGUCCGCCGGAAAUCUGGGAGAUGUUAAGCAUGGAGGGAUACACUGUGGAAACAGGCUCCGAUGGUUGGCAGCUCGGGAUGCUUGUUUUUAUCGGACUCACAGCCAGGUUUCCCUGGGAAAAAGCCGACAUUACCGAUCUGCGCUUCAACGAAUUCAUGGACUGGCAAAAACGCAAAACGAUCCGUACUCCUAAGGAGUUUAAACGUUUUUCGCCUAGGCUUCUUAGGUUGUUUCGAAGGCUAUUGGAGCAGAAACCGAAGAAUCGAUACGAGGUGUCCGAAGUAAACAAGUACUAUGACGACCGGUGGUUAAUGAAUCGAUCUCCACGGACAAGCAAAGUUGCAGAGAUGUACGAUUCGGGCAUGCAGCCCGGCAAACACUCGGGUACGUCUUCGGGAACGACGGCAGCUCAGACUGGGGGGGGCAAUUCGCAUCUCCUGUCGCCCCACAAUUCUUCGAGAGAGGGUUCCCACUCGCGUAAGAACUCGUGGACAAACAAAUCAAGAGAAGCUACGCCCUCACCCGUUAACUAGACAAUACCACUACUCUAGGCAAUUAUUAUCAGAUGGUUAAUAAUACAGACUAUAAUAAUGAAAUUCUAGUUUACAAUACUAAUAAUUGUUAAGUUCGAAAGAAACUGAAUUAGCAGUAGUCAUCGUAGUCUUCUUUUUUAAAACCAUUUGGCCAUUUAGCAGAUGAUGUGUUAUAAGCAAAUUCACUACUGAUCUGAGGCAGCCGGCUCUUACGCUGUUCCGGCUAAACGAAAACUAAGAAGAACCGAUCAUUCAAGCAGCCCAGUAGAAAAAAGCCUCAUUCUAAAAAUUGAAAAAUCCGUAGCCCAUUGGAUUCAGCUAGCGUACAGGCAUGUAAAAGUAGGAAGCGAAUUUUUUCAAGAAAUAGGUGACGGGAACAACUGGGCUUCAAGCUGGAACAGGAAGAUAUUCAUUGCUUUCGAGUAAGUGCGUUAUGUAUGUAGUUUUCGCUAACUACGUUGGCAACUACUUAGACAAAUUUCAUCGACACUGCGACAGCUAUGGUGCUGCUCAGACAAAGAUAAAAACGGGUAGCGGUAGCAAAAGCAGCAAUAAUAUAAUCGGAAGCGAUCAUAAAAGCAAACGCGUAACAAAAACGUGUGAAAAACGCCGAAAUAUUCUCAUCGUUUAACGUUUAUGAUGAGAAAACAACUAUUUGACGAUCGUCAAGGACAAAGAUAGAAGGAGAAAAAAAUACAAAAUAAAGAAACACAGCUGGAAAGAACUCUGUCAUUCUAGAAAGUAUCUUGAAAGCUGGCUUCCGUCGAAUGCGGCAAAACCUGUUAACCUAACAAGUAGCGUACACUAAAAAUGGAGGCAUAAUGCCCUUUCAGAUCAUCUCAUAGUCCUCUUAGCUGCAUAAAAUGUAUUGUUGUUACUAUUAUUAUCAUUAUUUAGUACUUUGUGCGUUACUAUUACUACACUCGCAUUGUUGUUUGUGCCGGUCCCCUUAUCUUUAGAGAUGUGAGCCACGUAUCGUGUACAUGCGCAUCGCAUGUUUCUACCUAAUAUGCUACUCCGUAGGUAAGUACAUACCUACAGGCGUACCUUGUCCUUAUUAUAGAAAUGUUGAAGUAUAAAAGUUCUUCAUUGUAACCUGACUCACAGAAUUCACAACAUCUCCACAGCCGGUAGAAAUACCAAAACCCGCAUCAGUUUCAGUAGUGAUGAUGUAGCCAGGCGACAACGUUCGACACCAAGUAAUAUCGAGAGCCUGGAUACAGCAGUAUUGAGAUCACAGGACACAAAUAUUUCCUAUACAUAUCUGAUGUUAUUAUAGGUCAGACAUGGUAGCAGUUUAAUAUAGGAACGUAUUUAUUACAUAGAUAUUCGCUAACGACCAUGAUAAACGCAAGAGGAAAGAAAUGCCGCACAUUUUUUACCGCAUAGUGCAAUAAGAAUAAUUUAGAAAAAUGCAGUAGGGAACACGUUCGCGAAAGCUUCCCGCUUCGUAACUAUGAUUACAACAGAUUCAUCCACAUAGCGGUUUCUAAUCAAUGAAAUUGUAUUUAUGACAAGGAAAUUGUUCGAGCGAAAACGAGAAUGACAGCUGUUAGCUAUUACAGCCGUUAGCUACGUUGUUUGCUCGCGUGGCUGCUCUUCGAGACCGCCGAUAUGCAUGAGAGCGAUCGAUACGCUCAAUUGUUUCGUUCCGUUCUCUAUUCUUUUCUGUGUCGUUCUACUCAUAGAAACGUUACUUGAAUGCUUCUCUGUUAUCCACAAACUACAUGCAUAGAAGAGUAGUAAACACUGGUCCAAAUCAAAGGAUAUGUGCGGACUGAAAGCCGGUAAGGAGCAACAAUGUUCUGGUAGAGUUAAAAAAAAAACCGAAAUGAUCCGCAAUUGUCGCUGUAUAAACAAUGUAUAUAAUCAAUAACAAA